UCGUAAGAAACACAAGAUCGACUAGGAAAAUACUCAAAAUUAACUCGGCUUUAAUUGAGCCAAACUCAAGCUCAAGCUACUCGAAUACCUUAUAGAGCCGAACUUGAGUAUUAAAAUACUUAGCUCAUAAAACUUAUAAACUUAGUCGAGUUUGCUGUAAUUUACAUAUACGUCACUUAUGAAUCUUCAUUGAUAGCAUAGAUUUAGAAAAAAAAAAGAAUACUAAAAUAUUAACACAACACAAACUAAACUAACGGCCUGAUGAUCUCUCCGUGACUCCGUCCCAAUUCCAAACCCAAAUACAUCCCUUUAUUCGCUUAUCCUUCGCAAUUUGCCACCACGCCACCGCCACUUACCGGCCGCCACUACACCAUCUCUACUUGUCACCGCCACUACACCAUCCCUACUCGUCACCGCCGCUCCACCAUCCCUAAUCGCGGGCCUCCACUUCACCGAAGGUUGCUGAGAAGUGAGAACGACGCAAGCUUCUCGUUUACAAAAUCGACAUCGAAGCUGUAACUGAGUAAGUCCAGAUUCCUUCAUUUCGUUACUUAGACCAAUUCUUUUGGUUUUCACAAUUGAUUUCGAUAUAUAACUGUAAUAAACUGAUUGUGGUUGUGUUAAUGUUGUUAAUGGUUUACAAUGGUGGUUUGGUAAAUGACAUUUGCAACGAACGCACAAAGCAAAAAGAAAUAUUGCGUUCGCUUCUCCGAGUAGUCGUCUCUGCACAGUCGAAAUCAACUCUCAUCCCGACCUCCAUUGCAGCAUUGAAUUCGAAAUCUUCUCAGUUGACAUCUUCCAGAGCCUUCGCGGCAAAGAAAUCCAAAUCCUCGGGUGCAAAGGCGGGCAAUAAGAAAGCUCAGCCUAAAUCCAAAUCCGAUGUGAAAACAAAGUCGAAACAGGAUGAGGCUGUUGGUUCCUCCGUCGAUGAUGCAGUUCAUGAUCUCAUCUCGGACGAAAGAAACCGGAGGCGCCUCCUCGAUGAAGAUAACAUUUCGAAAAUCUUAGGAAGAAACUGGAGGAGGUGCUGCCGGAGGGAUUACCAGUUGGAAUGGAGAAGGAGUUUGAUGAGUCAAUAAGAGAGUAACUAGUAAGACACAGCUUCUUGGAUCUGCGAGAUAAUUACAGGCGUAUUGUUGAUCCACCUUUGCAAUCUACUAACAGCAAAGGUUUAGGAUUUCUUGAAGUACAAUGAAUCAUCUCUAAUGAAGCUGCCUUGUAAGAAGUUAUAUACAGGCAAAGGCCGAUACGUCGUGAAGCAUUCUCAGAGGAAGGAUGGAAGAAGUUAUAUUUUCUUGCAAAUGGAAAUGGUUCAGAAAUGAGAUGGUUGCUUCCCUUCAUGCGAUGAAGUAUGCAUUCCAUAUUUGCUCAAAGCAUGCAUUCCAUAUUUGCUUAGAAUCAUCAUUGUAAAUGUAACUACACUUUGUUUAUUAAUCUCGUCCUUGUCUAUCAAGAAAAUAAUAACAAAACUAAACGACAGCAUCUUUAAAA